UAUUUCUAUCAAGUGAACAUUCGCGUUACCGUUGUGGAUAUUAUGCAGAUUGAUGGUCCUGAUCUUAGCCUAUAUUCAUUUGAAAAUUUAUUUAGACUAAAAGAAUUACCGAUACACGAUUUUGCUGUUCUCCUAUCUUAUCGGUAUGGUGGGGGAUUGGCUUUUGUUGGCGGUAUGUGUACCACAAAAGCGGUGAUGUUAUGUGGUUUUUAUCCUCAUAAUCCCGAAGCAAUGGGAAGCAUAUUUUUCCAUGAAGUUGCUCAUCUUAUUGGCGUUCCACAUCGGAACAGCACUGAUAUAACAAAGGUCAAAGAUUGUCAGUGCGAUACCAAAGAACCUAAUUUACCGUUUCGAGGAUGUUUAAAAAUUCCAGGAUUCGAUCACGACUGCACUCUGCAGGAGAUGGUCAAUGCAAUCAAGCAUAAAAGCUGUAUCAAACAACAGCAAACCUUCGAAGGUUCCAUACCAAUCUGUGGAAACGGUGUCAUCGAACCCGGUGAAGAAUGUGAUUGCGGAUUACGACGGUACUGCAAAAAAUGGAAUUGCAGACCGCAUAACUGUACAGCUGUGAUCAAAUUUUGGCAUUUGGUAAACAGCUAUAGUUAUUCUUCUUUUAUUUUCCAACAAUUUUGCAAUUUAUUUAAGACAAUUCAAAGUGGCAAAGAUAAAACAAAAAAUGCAUUAACUGUAGAGUUAGGCUCUGAUAGAGUGCAGAAAAAAGUGUAG